GACACGUGAAACCGUUCCCGUUCGUUGCACCGGUUGCACUGCGAGGCCGUGUGUCAGCUAUGUGUCUGUUUACAUCCACCGCGACCUCAGUUUGACAUGCGAGCGUUUUUGUUCGAGGUGCCGUGUUAAUCAGUGGUUCGGUGCUACGAAAUUUCUCUCACCAUGCUGCCCCGACAGGCUCCGUUGGAGAUACUGGACGACCUGUGUUCUCGCUUUAUCAUCAACAUACCCGAGGAAGAGCGCAAGGACCCGAUUCGGCUGUGCUUUCAAGUGGAGCUCGCCUACUGGUUCUACCUCGACUUCUACUGCCCCGAGAACCCCAUGUACCCGCAGUGCAGCAUGAGGGAGUUCACGCAGAUGAUAUUCCAUCACGUGCCUUCGCUCCAGGAACACCUGCCCAACCUAGACGCUAUCCUGAACGAGUGGAAAGAGUACAAAAUGGCUGUUCCAACUUUCGGCGCUAUAGUGAUCGACGAAAGUCUCGAACACGUCCUCCUAGUGCAGUCCUACUGGGCCAGGGCGACGUGGGGAUUCCCUAAAGGCAAGGUGAACGAGGAUGAAGAGCCGCACAUCUGCGCAGCUCGCGAAGUGCUGGAAGAGACUGGUUACGACAUAACCCCGCUUCUCUCCAAGAAUGAGUUCAUCGAGCGCCAGAUCCACGACCAGGUGACGCGUCUCUACAUCAUAGCCGGCGUUCCCCUGAACACGCAGUUCAGCCCACGGACGCGCAAGGAAAUCCGAAGCAUCGAGUGGUUCGCCAUUGCCGACUUGCCAGCCAGCAAGCGCGACCAGUCGCCCCUGAGCGCUCUGGGAUUGAACGCCAACGCCUUCUUCAUGGUGAUGCCCUUUGUGAAGAAAAUUCGCAAGUGGAUCUUCAACAACCGCCACCGCCUGUUGCAACAGCAGCAGCAGUCUAGUGACGGCAUGCCUUCCAUCACCGAUGCAGAGAAACUGAAGCAGAAGGAGGCGCAGUACUUCGCCGGCCUGUACCGGAACGAAGUGGCCGACAUACUUCGCCAGAAGGAAUGUUCGGGGCCCAUGCCGGCGAGAAACGGUGUCGAACGUUCCCCCAGGAAGCAACGAUGCGUUGUGCCGUUGUUCAGCGCACCGUCGUGGACGAAAUUUUCUCUGGACUGGGACUCCUUCUCGUCGUGCCUUUGAGCGCGAGAGUUUUUUUUUUCUCAAUGUGGGGUCGAUUCGAUUUGGCCUGCACUGGCUGCACUAGAUACACCUGCAGUGACUGACACAGUGUCACAGUUGAGCGGUGUUGUCGUCACUGCAUGGUGUAUCAUCAACCGCGGAAGUCUUUUAACAAGAACACAGGAAUUGUGAAAAAAGUUAUUUUCUUGUUUCUCUCACAGUGCCAUCAAGUGUAAUCAAUGUAAAAAGAAGCAAUCAGUAGGUUUUCCUCCAUAACUGUGGACAUUAUACUGCAGACAGCUGCAUUGCCAAGCUGUGAGGAGAACGGAAAAUAUUUUGCACCUCCUGUGUCCUGAAAGUGUACACAGUCGUUUGUGCAAGAUCUGCGGAGGCUUUGUGAGGAAAAGGAAUGUUGAACGAUUCCUACAACAGGGUGAUCAAGGAAAACCAAGACGAUUAUACAUUUGCAACAAAUUACAAUUGAACGUUAUGAACUGAAUUGAUGGAGGUUCUGAGUGCUACAGGACUGCCUUUUCUUCGUUGAUUUGUGUAUGUAGUAUGUAGAUUUUGCAUUGAGCUUUUCCUGAGGCCAAAUGCCACUAUGGCAAAGUUCAAGCGGCUGAUUCGAGUUUGUUAUCUUGUUCCACCUCUAACUUUUUGAUAAUUUUAUGUACUGUUGUGGGAACACCUGUUUUCACUUGUUUAUGUGCACUUGUAGGUUUUGAGCCUGCAGUAUACGAACGCCAAAGUGUCACGAUACCACGUGUACUCCUUUAGGCGGCAUUCACAUGCGUGACUUAAGGUCGUCUGACAACUUUAUAAGUUGUGGAACUGGGGAGAUUGAGGCACUGGAACUGCCGAGUUCUGUUGCACUCACGUAGUUAGCCCCAGCUCUGAGGGCUGGCCUGUCCUGUAAUGCAGUAAUUCGAGCCUUGGUUUGCAGAAAAAAAAGUUUGUGAACAAAGUGACGCUGAGCUGUUGCUUGCCCACUUUUCGCAUAAAAGAAACCAUUUGCCACGGUUGAUUUGGGAACACCUUGGUUGCCCAAGCUCUCUGACACACCAUGUUGCCUGAAAAGGCUUUCGGUGCGCUCAAGGGCAUGGUUUUAAAUGCCACAUUUUGCAUUUGUUGUUACACAAUGCCUUCCAGUUUUUCCUUCGCAAAAAUGUAUCCUCGCACUUAAAAAAGCAAAAGUGACGUCUUGCAGCAGCACAUUGCACCUACACUUGUAGCGUGCAAUGUUGCCACAACGUUGAAGCAACUUUCUCAAUCUGGCGGCAACGUUGUGUCAACAUUUGGGGCUAUAGGGUAACGUGGAAUCAUGGUGAUUCAGAAUCUUUUGGCAGUUUGUUCAGUAAUUGAGGAGGUUUCCUAAGAGGCCAGAUUGUUCGGCAUUAAAAGAAGUGUGUUUUGGGGCCCUGAGAGAGGCAGGUGAAACAACGUUUUAAGUGUCCAACAUUGUAAAUAAUAGGCACCGUAAAUUUUAACAGCAUAAACAAUUUCCAACUAAGAAGUGCACGACCUAUACCUGCGAGCAGGAAGGUUGUAAUGCGAUCAUUUGUGAUGGCGAAAAGGCGCCAGCGGCCGAGCGUAGCCGUUCGAUUGUCUCGGAACACUGCCUCGCGUUUGGCAGAACACGAUGUCUGCGUUUGUAUUGUGUAGUAGGGGCAGUCAGAUUGUGCACUGCCAAAUCAACAUACCCUUUCCUUUAGGCAUGGCUUAGCAGCGCAGAGCAGAUUGUUGACUGCUGUACAACCGCAAGAGCAAUAACACGCACUGGGACCGUGUAUCACAGUUGAGCGUCGUAGUGUUCACAAUACUCAAAUCUUGCCCACUAGUGUGAGUGAAAAUUCCAAGGCAAAUUCACAAGGCUUUUCGUCAGUGCUUUGUUUUUCUUGCCACUCGUCUUUACUAAUAUUAUGUCCACCAUAAAUAUCAGCAACAGUUUUUUACAUGAAUAUGAGCCCAGGGGCCCGUGUAAAAAAAGAUAUUGUCUUGGAAUUGUUCGUAAAAGAAAAUUUGAGCCAGUCCUGAUGCUCGACGUAUUGUUAGUGGAAGCAACCAACCAAUGGCAAGAACACGAACAAAAAACUUUUGGCCAUCUGUCCCAUGCUCUAAAUUGCAACUGAACUCUAUACGUAGGGGGCAAUGUUGAAAACGGCCGUUUGUGUCUGCCAGAGUUAGCUGUAUAUUGUGGUGUCGUGGGGUUUCAUUAAGAUUGUAUAAGGAUGAUCACACUUUCCUAGUGGCGAACUACCGGGGUAUGAAACCAAAACCCCACGAUACCACAUGUAUAGACAUUAAAAACAGUACUAAAUGCCUUUUUAACACUCAGUUCACGCUUCUUUUAUCUAAGAGGCCUGAUAUUGAAGCAAGGACUGAAAGAUAAGCAUCUUCCUAACAUCCAAUUCUCUAGCUGUAAUAAUGCAUAAUUGACUAAUUCAUGUCUUUAGUGCUAUUUCGGAUGCGAACUUAUUUGCUCCAUGCAUGCUUUUUCGUGUAUUAAUUUAACUAACAUGGAAAUUCUUUUUAACUUGCACAUGUUGUUUACCCGUGAGCAGCACGGUCUGUGCUUCUAGGACAGGAUGUUGUUUUAGUAUGACGCUGCUAUUGAAAAUAUGAAGAAGCUUAUAACAUGGGGUGUUGCUGCAGCCAAUGUUUCGACAAGUGGUCUUGUUUUCUUCAAAAAGGCGAGACUACUUGUCGAAACGUUGGCUUCAGUGACACCUUCUCCUUGAAGAAGUGGUCUUUUUUGGCAAGUGGUCCUGUCUUUUAAAAACGCGAGACCGCUUGUCAAAGAAGAGCACUUCUUCAAGAACACAAGACCACUUGUCGAAACGUUGGCUCCAGUGACACCCGUGUUGAAGAAUUUUUCAUCUUGUUAAGCGUCCAUCUUCCUCUCAAUUUCUACCUUAUUUGCUAUUGAAAUUGUUUGCCUCUUUUUGUUUGAGAGAACAGUGCUGAACAUAGGGCAGGGUAAAAAAAAUAGAUCCAUGCUACUUAUGACCUCCAACUGACUUGACUCUCAGCAAUGUUUACGUAUCUUAGUAGAGGAAAACAAAACUAAAUGAUAACGAUAGCGUGCUUCAGUGUUCUAGAGCAGUUUUAAACAUGGCGGUGUCCUACUUUUGAUCACGAGUCUGCACGUGCAUCACUUCACUGUGUUGAACAACAUGUCAGCAUUGCAUUUCUCAAUGUAAACAUUGACUUCUUGUUAUAUCAAGCUGUGCCAAGUAAAGUAAGGUUUUCUUAAAAUGUUGCCAUUCUUGCAGUUAGAAAGUUGUGUCAAUCAGAAACCAAAGUAAAACUAAACUAUGAAACUUCAUGUCCUUGCAAUUUACAUAUUAGGGUGCAGUAGACUGCACUUUUUUUUUUUUUUGAGUGUCAGCAAUAGUGCAACCUUAUUGAGUGGUCUUCUUGCACUAAGCUAUGUUUGCCAGUGCUGUUAAUGCUUUUUUGAUUAUCACAGUUGAAAGCUAAAACACUGGUACUACCCUUCGGCAUUCACAUCUCUACUUAUCAAGGCACCUGAUGACACAUAGAAAUGAUCCACACACACACACACUUCAUUACUUGCAUUUUGUACAUUUAUGUAAAUGCUUUCAGUAUUUUAGAAUUUCCAUGUAAGGAAUUGGGUGAUAGUUAAUAGCCAGUUAGCACCAUCAUGCUGUGAUUGAAAAUGUUUUACAAUAUUCUCUGCCAUUCGUUAACCUUGGUUACACAGAACAUGUUUAUUCUUGUAUAUCAUGCUUGCCUGCGAUGAUGCUUGCAUCAUCGCAGGCAAGCAUGACAUGUUUUGUGUAAUUUGUUGGUUUGUCGUUUACACGUUCGAACCUCUCCAAGAAACCAGUUGUCAAAUCUAGUAGUAGUUACAAUGUGCAUACUUGCAUCAUGUGCCCAUACUAAAAAAAAAAGUGAAAGGUUUUCUCGGACUGGUAGUUGUGCAGUAUCUCCCGCUCUGGUUGAUGCCCCACAUAUUGUUGCUUGCAACAAAGAAUGGUUGCAAAAGCGAGCCUUAUGUGCUGAAACAGGCUGAAUGACGUCGAUAUUCACUGUAGAUGCAGUCUAAACUGAUGGGCCUGUCUCAACACCAAGGCCCUACUUGGUUGGCAUAAGGUAGUACUUAGCACUGUGGUAGGGACCGCAUUAGCAAAUCAAAUUUCCAUAGUGAUGUGCGGUGAUCUCUUACCUACUCGGCUAAGUGUGCACGGAGUGUGCACUGAGGUUGAUUUUAUUUUUUAAUGUGUACUGGUAGCUGUGCAACUUAUCGUGAGACUGACCCUUGCUGGGAAAGUGGAUGUGUGCACGUGGUGUCAAUAUUGCAAGCUUCUUUCAAGUGCUUCUUGGCCUUGUUCUUACUACUUGGUUUGUGUUCAAGCGUAGAUGCAUUCCUCUUGCUGUGUUCUAUUGUUCCCUAGUGCUGAGAUUUUGGGAAGCUUUUGUUCCUAGUAUAGUGUGGCACAGUACCACGCUUUUGUCUUCCCUUGUGAAGGUGCUGCUGCCGAUAGUUUUGUUUACUCUUGUCUUCAGUGGUCACAUGUCACGAAAGCACGUCUUGACAUAUUUCCCUUAAACAUGUCACCAGAUCUGACCAUUAGUGCCACAUCUUUUUGAGAUCUCUCUUGGCAGGGUAGCCCAGAACGUGUGCAACUCUUGGUUUCUUGUUUUGAAUUUUGAUGUCAGCUCUCUUCGCUCGAUGUGUGUGUGUUUUUUUUUUUUUUUGAAGCGGCACGCGUAAGGCAUCCACCAUUUUUUUUUUAUGCACAGGCUGGAGCAUAUUUACUCUGUUGGCUUAUUUCAUUGUGCAUGCUAAUACUGAUGGCAUAUGAAAGGUUAUCGUUUCAUGUCUGGCCCUAACACAGCUGCAGUGUUCUUGGGACACCUUUCUGUAGUUUUGAAGCGAUUCUGAGGGCAGUUCACAAAUUCACAAGCCAUUAUUUUGGUGCCUUAAUACACGUGCACAUGUUGCUAUCCCACUUUAGAAACACUAUUUAAAUGCCGAAUUCUGCCACUGAGGGAUUACAGACAUUGUGUGAAACUCACUGAUGGUUAGAAUAACAGGGAGCUGAGGUAGUUGGUAAUUAUUCAUUCUAAAAAGACAGGGUGUGCAAACACGGACACAAGAAGUCAGGAUACUGUUAACAGCUAUCUUCCACGUAGACCCCCAUGCGUGCCGGAUUGAUAGGUUCGCCUAUUGCGUGGGCAUGCGCAGAUAAGUUUUCGCGCCUUCUUUCUUUCCCGUCGUUAUGCAUCUCUUCAGUUGUUGGUCGGCGUUUGUGGUGUCCUGACUUCUUUCUUGUGUCCGUGUUUGCACGCCCUGUCUUUUAGAAUAAAUCACUGAUGACGUGAUAAAUGCAACAAAUCCCGUGCUUCACUCGCUGACGAUGCACCUGUGCACAUGUUGCUGCAUCUCUCCCACAUGCCAGUAAACUUUCAACAUCACUCGAACACGUGCACUUCGGCAUUUUCUGAUGCGAAAAUAAGCUCACUCUCAUACACAUUUUUUUAAGUGGAGUGCAUUCAUGAAUAUACGUGCCUGUCACACAUAUAAUGAAUGGCUACUUCUGAGGCACGUGUACUUUUGGGCAUUUUUUUAACAUACAUCCUCACUCUCAUAAUCACAUAGAAGUCCAAAGUAAAGGAAGGAGCCGAUGGAUGGAAACACAAUGUCUGAGGCACCUAUUCCUGUUCAUACAACCGCUACAGCUCUUAAGUGCAUAAGUUGUACCAUUACCGACACGUGUGCACUUUAUUUGCUCUAGCAACUAUGAAGCAGUGCACAUGAAUUACGCGCUCGUAUGAACUCUUUUUAUUCCCCAACCUGUAACCCUAAUCAUUAGCAGCACUUGGGAUGCAAAGGUCUGCAAUUCAGGCUGCUGUAGUUGAGGUGCGAAAACCAUCUCUAGAAUUUCUUGAAGGUCUUUAUUUUGAGUUUGUAACAAACUGGCUCCAGUGAUCACCAAAAACUAAAGUUUGGUCAUAGAUAGGUGCUGUCACGCUCACUUGGACAGUGAAGGCAGUGCAAUUCUUGUAAUUGUUGCAUCGUAGUCAAGCUUUUUUUUUU